AUGCCUCCAAGAACAGACUUCAGCUUCUCGCGCACGCGUCGCCACCAGGCGCAGCCCCAGCCUACGCCGCCCCAGCAGCAGUUUGUGGAUCCGCAGGAGGACAGCGAUCUCACCCAAGACGACGAUGCUGAGGACGAUGAGCUGGUAGAGGAGGCUGAUGGCGAAGAGGAAGAAGAAGAGGAGGAGGAGGAGCCAUUAGAAGACUCCCCCCUGCACCUCCCCCCCUCGCCCCCGCUCCCCCCAAACCUCAAAGAAAUCUCCUCGCUGGCCUCCUGGACCGUCUCCUCCUCCAAGCCCGGCUGCAGCAUCCCCCAACUGCGCUCCCCCCUCACCACGCACUUCUGGCAAUCCGACGGCCCGCAGCCGCACCUGCUCAACCUGCACUUCUUCAAGCGCGUGCGCAUCGUCGGCGUGCGCCUGUACCUCGACUUCGAGGCCGACGAGUCGUACACGCCCACGCGCAUCCUCUUCCUGGCCGGCACGGGCCCCAACGACCUGCAGGAGUGGGGCGAGCUGCGGCUCGAGCAGCCGCGCGGCUGGGUGUGGGUCGGCUUCGAGGGUGUGGGCGACGUCGGGGACGCGGUUGCCGCGCCGGGGCGGGAGGGCGGGCCGGGCCCUGUGCGGGUGGUUUCGAAUGCUUCUGCGUCUGCGUCCGACGAGGACGGCGAGGACGAUGGAUCUGAGUUUUCUUCUGGCGGCGACCGUGGUUCUUCUGAUGAGGAGGAGGAGGAUGAGGAGGAGGGGGAUCUGAUGCAGCUGGAUCGGCCGAGACGGCGCCGCAGGCGCGCGAGAUUGCCCGAGUUGAGGGCGCAUUUGGUGCAGGUUAAGAUUCUGGAGAACCAUCAGAAUGGGAAGGAUACGCAUUUGCGGGGGUUGCAGAUCUUUGCUAGGGAUAGGGGGGUGAGGAGGGGGAAGACGGAGCAGGUAGUUGAGACAAGGAGGCAGAGCACGAGCGGGAGGGCGAGUUUGGGCGGUGGGGGUGGAGGUGCGGUAGAGGGGGCUGGGAAGGGGAGGAGUAGGAUUACGAUGUCGGAGUGGGAGAGACUGCCUGAUAUUAGGUAG